AUGCAAUGUUCAGGCGUCGGCCUCCGGCUUGGCGGUUUGGUCACCAACCUUGCGGUCACCAGGCUGCUCCAGUUGCAUCGACUGCAAUCGCGUCGAUUCAUGUUUGCAGACUACAAAAACGAGGUGAUGAAGGGAGGUCGAGGAGCUGGCCGUGGCCAUCAACAUCCUGGACAAGGUGAAGGUGAUCCCACUGCCGCUGCUGAUGCGGCGGGGCCAACACUGGCCAAUGGCGCUGGCGAGACUGCGGGUGCCUACUACAAGGGAUUGGACUCCGGGUUGGCCAAAUCGGCGCCCUCGGCACAGGGUCUGUGCCAACGGACCUACAGAGCUUACAGGCGGCGACUUGAACUUUUCAGUCGGCAAUGCCUGAGGCGUGGAAGCGACGUUGCCGUGGAGGGAGCCUUCCCGGUGAUGUCGCAGUUGCAGGAUUCGGCCUGGGACGCGACGGAGGGCAUCGACUAUGACGACAUCGAGCUCUCCGAGAACCCUUUCCUGCCAAUACGGCAGACGCUGGACCUCCUCUACCAGCAUGAGGAGGAGGUGGAGCUGCCAGAACGAUGCCAAGAGUUCUUCGAGCAGUUCGCGCGGGAGAAGGGCGAGGAGUUGCAGGCCUACAUCGUGCGACACCAGACCAUGCUGCGGAAGCUGAAGGAGCUGAAGGUGGAUGUGCCACCGCUCUUAGCGGGGUGGCACAUGCUCAACAGAGCUGGAGUACCUCGGUGGACCCACCCUCAGAUCAAGGCCCUUUGCGGUGGAGAACUCAACGUGAAGAAUGUGGCCAAGGCGAUGACAAGGAUGUUCGGUGGAGAUAGCAAGCCGAACAUGAAGGAUUCAGCGCUGAGAGGAAACGACAUCAACAUGGCCGAGCACUACGAGGACGACUAUGACUACGAGACGGAAGAGGCCUACUACCACCACUAUGAGGAUGAAGAGAACUUCUACGAGGACUAUGACGACGUGGACUACGUUGGUGACGAUGAUGAGCCACCACCCCAAGAAGUUGAAGAAGCAGCCAUUGCCACGGAGGAGGCAUACAUCUCCUACUUGGACAGCAGAAAGAAGAUGCGAGAGCUGGCACUGGCACGUGGCUUCUACCCUGUCGUGGCCCUGGACAUGGGAGGUCAUGGAGAAAAAGGGAAGAAAGGAGGUGGUGGAAAAGGAAAAGGCAAGGGAAAAGGGGGUAAGUCAAGUGGAGCCCCAAAAGGAAAAGGGAAGUCGUUUGUCCCACCUGGCACCAAGCGCUUUGCAUUUGGUCGACGAGGACAAGGGUUCAAGAGGUAUAGAUUGCCUGCCUCGGGAAUCAAGGAAGUGCCCGACGAGGCGAACAUGGUGGAGGAGACUGAGAUUGACCUGGACGUCCACUCCAAGAUCACGGAUGAGAUCAACUACAACGACUCCGAUGCUGGAUGGGCAAUCAUGGAUUCUGGCGCAACACGGACGGUGUGCGGUACCAGAGUCUGGGACAAGUUGGCCGAGUACCUGGUGAUGCGGGACCUUAUGCACCUUGUGGACACUGUGAACGAGGUGCGAGACUUUCGCUUUGGUGAUGGGGUGAUCCUACGAUCUCAGAGCUCUAUGGUGAUCCCUGUCUGUGUGGCGAAAGAAUGGACAAAGCUCAAGAUCCACAUCCUUCCAGGCACUACACCACUUCUUCUAGCACGACCUGACCUGGAGAAAUGGAAUGUGGAGGUGAACUAUGGACAACAGAGCAUCAAGGUGAACGGCAAGCCAGUGAAGCCUUCGAGGACUUCAAAUGGACACUACAUGAUCAACCUCUUCGACGACCUUCAGGACGUCAUGAACGUGACGAUGUUGGAGGAUGAGGACCCCGAACAGGUGGCCUACAUUGGAUCAGUCCUGACGGACGAUGUCUCCGAUCUGGAGAUGGACAUCGAGGUUGACAUGGAUGGCACUGGAAUGGAGGAAGCUGUUCAACUGGUUUGCAGCAGGCUUCCCAGUUCCGAGCGCAAGAUGAAGUUCUGGGAGGUGUACGUCGAUGAGGGCAACUUGUCAGCCUUUCUCAACCGGAAGGAUGGAGUGGAAGCCCGAGUGUUCAGCCUGCCAGACUGGAACUUUGAUCAUCGAGCUGAACAGAUACGGUUCCUUGACGAGAUGGACAGGGAGCAGCCCCUGCACAUCAUGGUAGCCUUCGAGUGCCGACUGUGGUCACCCAUGCAGAAUAUGAACUACAGGACCGAUGAACGAAAGCUUCUCCUUGCAGAGAUGCGUGCAGCUGAAGAACGCACUCAUCUGCGCUUCUACAACGACAUCCACAAGAAAGGCAAGGCCAUUGGUUGUGAUGUCACCUUGGAGCAACCUGCGGAAGCUAUGUCAUGGAAGACCACAACUUUGGAAUCCAUGAGGGGCUACUACGAAACGGUGCUCGACAGAUGCCGCACCGGUCUCAAGAUCAACCCCAAGGACAAGACCUUCGUCAAGAAGCCUACGAGGUUCAGAUCCACUACGAGGAUUGUUGCAGAGGCCAUGAACAAGGCUUGCAAUUGCCCUGGACCUCACCAACAGAUGAUGGGUCAAGGCAAAGCACUCAAACAGAUGCAGAACUACGAGCCUGGCCUGGUCAAAAUGUUGGGCGAUGCCAUCUUCAGUUCGAUGGAGAUUGCUUGGCGCAAUCGUGGCCAAGCGGAACUCAUGAUGAUGGAGAUUGUCGAGAAGUCAACGGAGGAGAUGAAGUACUUGGAGCAGAACAAAGAGCUCAUCAAGAUCGCCGGCCCAGAGGCUCUGAAGGCGAUCACCCUCCUGCAUCGACAACUUGGGCAUCCAUCGGCACAGAAGCUGGUCGUAGCGGUGAAGCAACGAGACUUCCCCAAGGAGUACGUGCAGGUGGCCAGAAACUACAAGUGCCCCACCUGCUGGAGCAAACAAGAACCAAAAGCUGUCAGGGUCGCAACCUUGAGAAAAGCCCCACACUUCAACCACACCAUCGCCAUCGACACCUUCUAUGUCGAGUGGGAUGAGGAGAAGAAGGGCGUCCUGACGGUCUUGGAUGAGUACUCUCGCUACGAGAUGGACCAUGUCAUCACAGAGGAGACGGCGGAGGUUGAGAUCGCGCUCUUGACCAAGCAAGAUCCUUUCCAGUAUCCUGGGGGGUAUGCCCUCGCUGACGCUGCGGGUGACCACCACUUUGACGCCAAGACCCCCACUGACCUCAAGGAUGACACACAGAAUGCGGACGAGCCGAUGGAGGACCAGACCUCAAACAGCCGGUCACCUGAGAUGGCCGAAAGCCCAGAGACUGCCUCACAUGAUGCGAGCCGUCCACCGCGGCGACUGCAUCCUAUGCCAGAGUACGUGGAUCCGGAGCCAGCUGGAAUUUGGACUGACCCCGGACCACCCUCUGCGGUGGCUGCUUCUACCUCUACUUCAACAGCUGCAGCCCCGAACAAUGAGAACAAUGAUGAUCAGGCAGCUGAAGGGGAUGAACAAAGCCCUGAAGAACGCCGUGAACCCAACAUCGUCGAGAACCAAGAUGAGAUGCAACCACAAGGACCUGGCACACAAGCUCAGGCACUGAAGACCUACCACGAGGCUCUUCGAAUGGCAAGUGCUGUCUCUGAGGAGCGCAACCGCAUCUUGGAUGGACUUCCUCCUCGACGACAAGCUACAGUCUCAGGUGCCAAGGUGGCCGACCUCAACGAGGCCAACAAGAUCCUGCGCUUCGCCAAGGAGGGCGUCGUGAUCCCCUACAUCCAGAUCAUUGUCAUCGUUGUCUUGAUCCUGGUGGCGAUGAUCGCAUCCUUCCUGGCCGGCAUCAACUACGUCCGGCAUCGAGAACAUCAAGGUGAUCCUGGACUUCCCCGUGACCUACAAGAACCUUUCAUCCCGGAUGAGGAGAACAACCGUCCACCCUAUGAGUGGGACAGUUCCUUCGUGGAGAGUUCAGUGACUUCUGUGCUGAACCGAAGUGGAGAGGAGCCAUCAUUCUCAACGGAUGGACUGGCUCAACCAGAAACUCAUGAAGGAGACAUCCUCUCCGCGACCAACACACCGAGAUUGCCAAAUGGCGAGCGAGUGGAGAGCAGCAAUGGAGGAGUGGUGUCAUGGCUGACACCUGGACAGGUGGUCUACCUCAAGGGGGAGGGCUACUACGUCUACUCCGAUGCGGAAGUGAACCAACGAAGGACGGCAUUGCAAGAAUCGAUGCCACCAUCAGUAGAUGAAGUGAUGACACCAGAGCUCAUCACGGCUUUGAUGCAAGGAACUUUGGCCCCUGAACAACACAUGCAGGUGCCACUGGACGCAAGCGACUGGAAUGGCGUGCGCCCAGAUGAGCGCGCUGAGAGAUCCCGAAUUUUGGAGGACAGCCUGAUCUUAGGCAUCGAGAUGGAAGAGAUGGACAACCAGAGAGAUGCAGAAGCUCGAGGACUGAGAGCCCGGCUUAGAACAGUUCGUGAGCUAUGCCUGCGGUGUGACCGCGACUACAUCGAGCAGAAGGAAAACAAGGAGAUCAGGGAGGACUUCGUGCGCUGCACCCUGGUGAUUGUGAGAAACAUAUUGAAACUGACCAUUUCGCAGGAUCAGUAA